CACUGAGGUCUGUGGAUCUGCAUGAGACUGGAAAACUGCAACACCAACUUGCUGUGGACUUGGAAGACAAAAUCAAUAUCCAGUGGAAAAAACAUGGUUACCCCUUUAUUGGAUCGUUUGUCUACUCUGUCAAAGAGAUGGAAUAUAUUGCACGGAUAAUUGACAGAACUGGAGGAGAGAAAAACACAGUCAUUGUCAUUUCUCUGGGUCAACAUUUCAGACCUUUCCCCAUUGACCUUUUCAUCCGAAGAGCCCUCAAUGUCCACAAGGCUCUUCGGCGUCUUCUCCUGAGAAGCCCAGACACUAUAGUUAUCCUCAAAACAGAAAACAUCAGAGAGAUGAGCAGUGAUGUGGAAAGACUUAGUGACUUUAAUGGUUACACCCAGUACCUUGCCUUAAAAGAUAUUUUCCAGGAUCUCAAUGUGGGUGUCAUUGAUGCCUGGGAUAUGACAAUUGCAUAUGGCACAAAUGAUGUCCAUCCACCACAGCAUGUGGUUGGAAGUCAAAUUAAUAUAUUCUUAAAUUAUAUUUGCUAGCAAACACAUACCUCUGAAAGUCACUCAUUGAAGUUCAAAGAUGCAGUGAAUUCUGCUGGCGUGUCAGGUACUAGGAUGUCCCAGUUAGCUCAAGGACAUAGUCUGCACUGUGGUCCAUGUGAUCCACCCAGUUCAGCCUGUGUAGGCCCUAGACUGGGCUUCUGCUUCAAGCUGAAUCUCAAAAGAAUCAAUAGAUGGUCCUCCCUUUUCUGAUCAGAACCACGCUGUUCUUCAUUAAUUAGAAGUUAGGAUUCCCUUGGGUGAGGCCUUCUCCCUGUUGCUGUGAGUCCAGGAAAAUGAAGUAAUUUGUAUAAUAUGU